AUGGACUACCAUCGCAACUUUUUAUCUGCUGUGCGCAAUGUGGGAGUAGAAACUCAGGAAGCCAUCACCGCGACUUCCGUCGAAGAAACCAUGUCAUUGGAUCAUAUUAACAUUGGCCAAGAUUUCGUUGCUGUAGCAGGUGUAUUUUCAGAUCAUGCGUUCUUAGAUUAUCUCUACCAGCAAGCCUCCAUUGAUUAUGUUGAACAGAAUCAAAUCUACAAAACCACCAACUAUGUGCCCAAGGAAAAACGCCAAGAGGAAGCAAGGAGAAUCAAUACUGUCAAAUCCGCAAAUUGGGGUUUAGCCAGAGUCAAUCAGCGUGACCGAGGAGACUUGAAUCAAUAUGAUUAUGACACCAUGGGAGGUUCUGGUAUCGACGUCUAUGUAUUGGACACAGGAGUUUAUGCUGAGCAUUUAGACUUUGGUGGUCGGGCCAGUCAUUCUGCCAAUAUGAUCAAGCACGAGGACAAGACGGACAUGGGAGGACACGGCACGCAUGUCUCUGGCAAGAUUAUUGGAUUAGAGUACGGUGUGGCAAAAGGUGCUCAAGUCAAAUCUGUCAAGAUUCUCAACAAGGUCGGGGAUGGCUCUACCUCUGGCUUACUCAAAGGCAUUGAGUAUGUCAUUCAAAAUGCAACUCCGGGUAAGAGCGUGGUGAAUCUGUCCCUCAGUGGCCCCAAAUCAAGAUUGCUGGACGAGGCAUUGAACUCUCUCGUUUUGAAAUACAACAUCCCAGUUUUUGUUUCUGCAGGUAAUGCCGGUACAGAUGCCUGCUUCUUCUCACCUUCUUCCAAUCCCAAUGUGUUUGCAGUUGGUGCUACUGAUAUCAAUGAUACGGUUCCCAAGUUUUCCGAUGUGGGUGAGUGUGUCGCUGUUUAUGCUCCUGGUGCUAACAUUGUGAGCUCUUACAUUGGCGGCGUUGACUCGUCCAAGUCCAUGGACGGCACCAGUAUGGCCAGUCCUCAUGUUGCUGGUAUUGCUGCCAAUCUGAUGAGCAAGAACAACUAUGCUACUGCUCAGGAAGUCUACGAUGCCAUUCGAUCACUGGCCACUAGGGAUAAAAUUGAAUUUGAUCCCUCCAAGAGCUCGAGUCCUAAUAAUAACUUGUUGGCCUUCAACCAAGUCUAA